AUGACUGCGCUGGCGGUGAAGGUGGAUUCUGUUCCAGGUCUGAACCCCGGGCAGCUGACCCUGAGCGACCCCGCCUGUGGUCCCACCUACAGCGACGAUCGCUUCGCCUACUUCCACUUCACUGUGAACUCCUGUGGCACCACCCGGAAGUUGCAUACUCUAAGGUUAAAGGUUUCCUGCUACUAUGUGGUCAACAUCACUCGCACAUUGGCCGUCCUGACCAGGCCGCGUGACAACAAGCUUUUUGCAGAGACUGGGACGGGUCAACUAAUGUUCAGAAUGAGACUCGUUCAGGAUGCCUCGUAUAACACGUUCCACCAGGAGGAGGACUAUCCAGUGGUGAGGUACCUGAGACGGCCUCUGCACUUUGAGGUGGAGCUGACCAGGUCCUCUGACCCCAAGGUAGCGCUGGUUCUUGACCACUGCUGGGCCACCCUCAACGAGGACCGCGACUCCCGAUCCCGGUGGAAUCUCAUCAUUAAUGGGUAACUUGUUGUUUUAGGGCCCAAACAAGUGUUAUGCCACAGGUGUGGUUCCUGAGUAAUUAGCAACCUAUCAUGCUUGGCAGGCCAUUUACUUUGGCUACCGUGGCUAUGCCCCCAUCCAUAGGUCAUGAGUGGUCACAAUGGUUUGAGCCAUGUGCAGUCUGUCACCAGAUCUCCACCCAAUUUAACACUUAUGGGAGAGUCUGGCGCGUACGAUCACAUGCUUGUUAUCACUGAGUGGUCCCUGCAGCGUACCAUUGGAACAUGUAAAUCUAGUUUAUAGAAUAUGGCAGCCAUGUUUGUCAAGUAAGAACUCCCUAAUCCCAGAAUGCCGUUCACUGCGCCCGUUUCCUGAGGUCUUAACUUAGUUUGGCCACUUCAGCAUGUGACAAAUCUUUGUACUUGUUACGGCGUACACAUGACAAGUAGUUUACAGUUAACUAAUCAAAAAGCCAAUACAACCGUAGCACGAAAGCUAAACAGAGUUGCAAGAUAUAGCUCAAUCCAUUUUGGGAGGUGAAGUCCUUGGGGGAAGGUAUUAUGGAGAGGAUGAUGCAGGAAAUAUUAAUAAGAUGAGGGAUUUAACAAUAAAUGGCAGGGCAGACAGUUUUUCUAAGCUAAAUACCCCUGGAAAGGGGGUCUGAUCUGGCAACCCUGAGGUACCAUAGUUUACACUCUGAUGCCGUGUUCAAAUCAACUAACGACUUCAG